AUGUCUAAAGACUCUAAGAAAUAUCUUGUAAAAACCGUCUUAUCGGGGUUGAAACCUCGAGCAGCAAACGCUACUGCUGUGAAGAAUGGUAAGCAAGAUUCGGAAAAAGUUCCAACACCAGUGGUCAUAAUUGACCAGGAUUCUGACCCAGAUGCAACCAUUGUCGAAGUAACGUUUGGAGAUCGUCUCGGAGCUCUACCUGACACUAUGAAUGCAUUAAAAAACUUGAGUCUGAAUGUUGUCAAGGCUAAUGUUUACCUCGAUUCUUCUGGCAAACACAAAAAUCGCCAUUACUAAAGAGAUAGUCGAAGAGAAGUAGAAGAUCCUGAAUUACUCGAGGCCAUCCGACUCACAGUUAUAAUAUUCAGUGAAUGUCAACAAGUUUUAGUCAAAGAUAAGAAGAACGAGAGUUUGAGCUUCAAGAUCGCAUUGAGGAAGACGAUGAGUAAAAAGAGUUUGUUAUUCUUGUUAGUUACAAUUGUACAUCUGGUUUACAUAUAUAUAGAAGUCCGGUUAAGCUAA